UUGUUAGCCGGAGCCGGGGCGGUUCUGGGCGUCUGCUACCGGGGGCGCCCGAGUUGCUGGAGCCGUCCGCCCUCCGCCGCCUGCCGGCCGACCUGCCCACCCGCCCUCCCUCCCAGCCCUGCCGCCCUGGGAACUCCCCGACCGUCGCCGCGGGCCCGGGACUCGCUAUCUCGUCUCUCCUUCCCACCCGGGCUAGGGCGGCGGCGGCGGCGGCAGCGGGGGCGGCAGAGAUCAUCACGGGAGGAGGCAGCUGCGGCGGGGCCGAAUCCUAAUGUACCUGGCUAACUGGUGGUGAGCAGGGGCUUUGGGGCCAACGUGGUGGGCUCCCCAAGGAAACCCCUUUGAAACCAAUGGAUGCAUUCACGGGCUCGAGUCUCAAGAGGAAGUUUGAUGAUGUGGAUGUGGGCUCAUCAGUUUCCAACUCAGAUGAUGAGAUCUCCAGCAGUGACAGUGCUGACAGCUGUGACAGCCUCAAUCCUCCUACAGCUGCCAGCUUCACGCCCACAUCCAUCCUCAAGCGGCAGAAGCAGUUGCGGAGGAAGAAUGUACGCUUUGACCAGGUGACCGUGUACUACUUCGCCCGGCGCCAGGGUUUCACCAGUGUGCCCAGCCAGGGUGGGAGCUCGCUGGGCAUGGCCCAGCGCCAUAACUCCGUACGCAGCUACACGCUCUGUGAGUUUGCUCAAGAGCAGGAGGUGAACCAUCGGGAGAUUCUUCGUGAGCACCUGAAGGAGGAGAAACUCCAUGCCAAGAAGAUGAAGCUGACCAAGAAUGGGACAGUGGAGUCGGUGGAGGCCGAUGGCCUGACCCUGGAUGAUGUUUCAGAUGAAGAUAUUGAUGUGGAAAACGUGGAGGUGGAUGAUUACUUCUUCCUGCAGCCCCUGCCCACCAAACGGCGACGAGCCUUGCUGAGGGCUUCGGGGGUCCACCGCAUUGAUGCUGAAGAGAAGCAAGAACUUCGAGCCAUCCGCCUGUCACGGGAAGAGUGUGGUUGUGACUGUCGCCUGUAUUGUGACCCAGAAGCAUGUGCCUGUAGUCAGGCUGGCAUUAAAUGCCAGGUGGAUCGCAUGUCCUUCCCAUGCGGCUGUUCACGGGAUGGCUGUGGGAACAUGGCUGGGCGCAUUGAGUUUAAUCCGAUCCGGGUCCGGACUCAUUACCUCCACACCAUCAUGAAGCUGGAGCUGGAGAGCAAGCGGCAGGUGAGCCGCCCACCGGCCCCAGACGAGGAGCCCUCCCCCACGGCCAGCUGCAGCCUGACGGGAGCACAGGGCUCGGAGACACAGGACUUCCAGGAGUUCCUCGCUGAGAACGAGACGGCAGUGAUGCACCUGCAGAGCGCGGAGGAACUGGAGCGGCUCAAGGCAGAGGAAGAUUCCAGUGGCUCUAGCGCCAGCCUGGACUCCAGCAUAGAGAGCCUGGGCGUGUGCAUCCUGGAGGAGCCCUUGGCUGUUCCCGAAGAGCUGUGCCCCGGCCUGACCGCCCCCAUUCUCAUCCAGGCCCAGCUGCCCCCUGGCUCCUCGGUCCUGUGUUUUGCCGAGAACUCGGACCACCCCACCGCCUCAGCAGUGAACAGCCCGUCCUACUUGAACAGCGGGCCCCUGGUCUAUUACCAGGUGGAGCAGAGGCCCGUGCUGGGGGUGAAAGGAGAGCCCAGCACCGAAGAAGUCCCACCCUCUUUCCCCAAGGAGAAGGAUCUGAAUGUCUUCUCUCUCCCUGUUACCUCACUGGUGGCUUGUAGCCCCACAGACCCAGCUGCCCUGUGUAAAUCGGAAGUGGGGAAAACGUCCACUCUAGAAGCGCUAGUGCCGGAAGCUUGUAGCCCUGAGGAGCCUGAGAAUGAAGACUUCCGCCCCUCGUGGUCCCCCUCGAGCCUCCCCUUCCGCACGGACAACGAAGAGGGCUGUGUGGUAGAGAAAGGCUCACAGCAGAGUGAGGACAGGCCCCCUGAAGAUUCUUCCCUAGAACUCCCUCUGGCAGUGUGACGCGGGGACGGAGACUCUGCCUCUUACCCAGUCUCUAUUUAUUCCCUUAUUUUAUCUAACACCAUUUCAAAACAAAACUGUAGAAGCAGCUGCUACCCCCAUGUUAUUUUAUCGGGGUCUUGGGGGGGAUGGGUGGGAAAGAAUUGUUUGUAAAAGUAUUUUUUAAAGGGUAAACGGAACCAAGGAGACCAGUCCCCGCUUGAUCUGGGGAGAGUCUUGGGGCAGAGGCUGCGCAGUGCUGAAUACUGGGCUUUCUAGGCCACUGGAACAAAGAAUGAGGAUCUCACAGGAAAAGCUGGGUAAUUCAAGCAGCUAUUCUUUAUGUAGGGACCAGAACACAGUAAUUUGAACAGCAUGGCAAAGCCCCUUCUCCUUUCCUGAGCUCCAGGUGGGGUACGAGGUCAUUUUCUCAUCAGUCACCCUGAUAUCCCACUUUGGUGUAUCAUCAUCAGCUGGAAUAUCAUCUGGUCACAUCCAGAGGGGAGUGGGUAGAAGGGUCUCUGCUUCUGUAGAAAACCUCCAGGAUUGAUAAAAACUUAACCUGCCUUCCCUGGCCCCCCGCUAUUUGGUAAAUAAGUUAAUAUUUGACAUGUUUAGUGUUCUCUGACCUGUUCCCCACACUGGGGAUUCCUGGUCUGUAACUUGAAUUAUUUCUUUAACAUGUUCUUAGGUACUAG